AGGUUGAAUCCACAAGCAUCACAAAGCCAAGAGUUGAUGAUACAAGUAAAAGAGAAUUUCUCCUCCUUUUAUGGAAAGGUGCAGCCCUUUGCAGUGUGUAAUGAGCACUGCCAUCCCGGCUACAGCAGGAAAAAGAAGGAAGGGAAACCAUUUUGCUGCUAUGAUUGUGCUUCAUGUCCAGAAGGAAUGAUUUCAAACCAAAAGGACAUGGAUGAUUGCUUCAAAUGCCCAGAACAUCAGUAUUCAAACAUGGUUCAAGUUGAAUGCAUUCCCAAAAUGCUAAACUUCCUCUCUUUCUCGGAACCAUUGGGGAUCACCUUAACUUUCUUGGCUCUUUCUUUUUCUCUGAUCACAGCUUUGGUAUUUGGCAUCUUCAUUAAGUAUCAAAACACUCCCAUUGUCAAAGCCAACAAUCGGGACCUCACCUACCUUCUCCUCAUCUCUUUAUUGCUCUGCUUUCCCUGUUCCUUGCUAUUCAUUGGCCUGCCUUCCACAGUGACCUGCUAUUUAAGACAAACUGCUUUUGGAAUCAUCUUCUCAAUGGCUGUUUCUUGCAUAUUAGCAAAAACUGUCACUGUGGUUUUGGCUUUCAUGGCCACCAAGCCAGGAUCUAAGAUGAGGAAAUGGGUGGGGAAAAGACUUUCCAAGUCUAUUCUUUUUGGUUGUUCCCUUAUUCAAGCCAGCAUUUGUGUUGUAUGGCUGUGUACUGCUCCUCCAUUCCCAGAUUUUGACAUGCACUCUCUUUCUGAAGAAAUCAUAGCGAAAUGCAAUGAAGGAUCAGUCACAAUGUUUUAUUGUGUCCUGGGUUAUCUGGGAUUCCAGGCCAUUUUCAGCUUCACUGUGUCAUUCCAGGCCAGGAAGUUGCCAGACAGUUUCAAUGAAGCCAAGUUUAUCACUUUCAGCAUGCUUGUGUUCUGCAGCAUUUGGUUGUCAUUUAUUCCAUCGUACCUGAGCACCAAAGGGAAAUACAUGGUAGCUGUGGAAAGCUUCUCCAUCUUGGCCUCAAGUGCUGGGUUAUUGGGUUGUAUCUUUUUCCCUAAAUGCUAUAUUAUUAUCUUAAGGCCAGACUUGAACAGUAAAGAUCAGUUAAUUGGGAGAAACAAGUAA